AUGAAAGAAAACAAGUGUGCUUUGUUUAUACUUAUAAGUUAUCGCAGACGAUACGGGUCAAACUACUUAGAUAAUACCUUAGACUCUCGAAACAUGUUGAGAUCAUUUACUCCUGCACUAAGGAAUGUCUUCUUGAAGAGAUCAAUUCCAACACAACUGUCUGCUGUGCGUUCCCUGGCUACCAUUACUGCCGAUGCAUCCAGCAGAUCCACUCAAGAACCAGAUUUGAUAUUGAAGGACAAAGAGAGACCUUUACGAAUAGAUAGGGACUUGCCAGAUCCAAGAGAAGAUAGGGCUAAGCAAAUUAUGGGAUUUGUCGGGUUUUCAAUCGCCAUGACUGCAUCUCUGGCAUUAAUCUUCAAUUAUGAAAAGACAGAAUCACCAAUUAUUGAAACAAGUCUAUACCAAUUACGUAGGUCUCCAGUAACAAAGGAAUUACUGGGCGAAAAUAUUGAGUUUUCGGGUAUUAUUCCAUGGGUCUAUGGUGAAUUAAACCCCGUUAAAGGGAAGAUUAAUAUAAAAUUCUAUAUUAAGGGCGAUAAUAAAGUUCCUGGGGUUGUUAGACUAGUUGCUGACAGAGAGAAUAGAGCUGAACAGUUCUUGAUUCAUGAAUGGAGUCUUACCGUAAACGAUAAGCAAUUCGACUUACUUACUGAAAAUACCAUUACGGUGGAAUGA